AUGGCACGCGACCUCAAAAUAAAUAUCCGCAAACGUGCCAUAGCCAGCUUCUUCGAGUGUGAUAAAUUAGAUUGGGCCGUUGGCGGUGCUCAACAAGCGUUAGGAACAAAACUCCAUCAACAGACAAGGAAGGCAAUCGCCAAACGCCAACCCGCUCUCAUGACAGCCAUCAGAAAAUUUAAUUCAUACUGUGAACAGUUAGAUUCGCUCUAUGAUCCGUCAUGCGCAAUUCCGUUACCCACUCCCCUUUCCACCAAACUUACUGAACUACAUGCUGAUCCCACACUAAUGGAGGAUGUGUGGAUCGCACCAUCCAUUGGAGAAGUACCACGGUGGUUGGAUGAUACAGACAUUAGGGAUGGCAUCCGUGCUCUUCUUAAACGCGAUCGCUGCAGGGAAGAACAGGUGCGACUUGGCACUGAAGCUGAUAACCUUUGUCGAUUUUUUGGACAAGAGCUUGCAGCACUCGAACUUGCUAUUCGCAUCCCAGAAUGCGAGCCUUUUACGGCUACCCUGCAACAGCGCCGGUCUAACUUUCUUCAGCUUCAAUCCCACUGGAGCAAUGCACUGGUGUCAUCGUUACAGUUCGCCACUCAUGUUAAAGAAGCAGUAGAUAUUGCCGUUACCAUCUCAGGAGGCUCUCAAACAACUGCCCUUCAUUGGAUUGCUACUACAAGUCUCACUGCACUUGACCUUGAUGGUGAAGAUGAACUGGUCUCUGCUGACCUCGACGAUCCCCCACAGAUGGACUCCGAACAAGCCACACUCGCAGAUGUUCUGGAGCAAGAGAUGGCUAUGUUGGACGUGGACGACACUGCUGAGGCAAACGACAUAGGCUAUGACAUUAAAGCAACCAUCGUGUGGGAGCUUCCUAAUGACAUUAUUAUCCCUGACACUCUCGUCACACGAAUUCGACCUCCACACGAUGGAUUCCCUGAUCAAGUGUUUGAUCCGAAAGACAUCAAUUUGCUCCGCUCUCCUACAGCGUGCCUUAAUGAUGUUUGUAUCAACAGCUGUGCUGCUCUACUCUACUCUGAACUAAAAUCUCCAAUGCUCUCUUGCGCAAUAUUUUCUACCCAUGACCUCCCGUGCAUCCGUUACAAUGCAUCCAACGACAUCCUUUGGCGCAAUAUUUUGUGGACGCGUUACUGGGAGAAGGAUGUAUGGGUCCUGCCAAUACACCGGCCCUCCAGCUCAAUUGGACAUUGGGUAAUUUGUGUGAUUCACAAGUUCGACAAGGAAUUACUCCUCUUUGAUAGCCUUGGCGAGAAAAAACCAUGGAAAAACGACAUCAAAGUAAGCUAA